AUGAGAAUUAAAUUAAUUAUCAGCUUGAUAAUUUUUCUGAAGAUAGCGAUUUUUGGAAUCGUCACUAUUAUCGUGGAAUGUGAACAUUCAAAUCUAAACAAUAACGAGUCUCUGGAUUAUUCAAGUCGCCGUCAGUUAGUCCGAGCUGUGAAUCCGCACGAUAAACAUUCAAAUAUAAAUAACAUCGACUCACAAGAGCAUUCAAGUCGCCGUCAGUUUGCAAGAGCUGUAGACGAUAAUGAAGACCCCAACACUCUGUUUGAGAAACUCCCUGGUGCUGCUCGUGUCGUUACCGCUAUUGCAAUAAUCAAUGGAUUCUCCGAUGGCUCCAUCCCAGCCGAUCCAGUCAUUGCGGAACUUCUGAACAUUGACGCCGCAAGUCUACAACAACUAGAGAAGUUCAACAAGACUUCUGUAGAUAAGUUCAUUGAAAGCUUAAACAGCGCUGUGAUUGACUCACACGAGCAUACAUUGAAAGUUGAACAGGCGAUAAUUGAUCUUGCCGAUGUGAUGACGACUUGGAAAAGUAUUGGAAAUUUGAAUAAAAUUCCAGCUAAUUCCACCUUAAAGUCUUUGCUCAAAAUCGGGUCUUGGGACACAUCUGGAUUCAAAUCAUUUGAUCUUAUCAGUACAUUAAAUUUGAUAAAUUCAGAAAACUCAACAGUUUCUGAUUUGAAAAAUAAGCUAGCAGGCUUAGCUUCCGCUGUCCAGAAACUUCCGACUCAAAGCACAAGGAAACGUUUUAUUGAUUUACUCGAAAAAUGGAAGCAAAUAGGUCCUUUUGUAGAUAUUAUGCAAUUGUUUCUGGAAUACGCAUCUGUAUUGUCGUUCCCGCCUCGACAAUCUAGAUUUGCAAAGAACGCUAAAGCUGUGAAGAACAUAUCACUUUAUGUCGAUAAAUCGAAUAUUUUUGUGAUGAGAGAAGUGGUUGGGGCUCCCUAUUCGCAGAUUAUCCGUGAUGUCACAACAGGGUUUCCAAACGGGAUUUCAGACCUAGGAAUGCUAACUAAUGAUUCUAAAGAUCAGUGGCUGGAGAGGCUACUCAAGCCGUCUUUUCCGUUAAGUGACAUUGAAAAAUUGGCAAAAUUUACCUCUGAAAUGAAAAAACUGAAUGAUCUGUGGAAACCAGUCACCAUAGAAAAUCAUUAUCACGUGAUGAGACAAGUCAUCGAACUACAACAACACCUUGGAAAUUUAAUGUCUUCAACUAUUAUCGGUCAAACUCUGUCCAUCUUAAAAACGACGUGUAAACCAGUACCUUUUAAACGCAAAUUGGCAACAGUCUUGAAAAAUGCGAUUGAUCAUGUAAUAUUACUCUUGAAACAAGUAAAAUCAUUGGAGUCAAUUUCAAAUGUUUUCAACAGCAAUGAUUUUAAGAAUUACUACAAAUCGACUGAUUCAUCUCAAAUCAAACAAAUGGGCGAGUUGUUGCGUUCUUUAACUCAGCAGAUCAAACUGAUCCAAGACUCUGGAAGCCUCCAGGAGCAUGCUGACGGAGCUCAAAGUUUGAAGUACUUACUACAGUCAACUUUUCAACCUUUGGUAGUUCAUCUUAAUUGUCUAAAAGAAAAAAUCAAGGACACAUAUAAAAUUGCUUCAACCGCAAGAUCAGCCAAGAUUCUUCGCAAAAUGGAAUCGGAUGGAAAAUUAGUAGAAAAAUUCAAAGAAUUUUCAUCUGCUGUGUCAAAGUCAUUGCCGCUUCUUGUUUCGCUUCGGAAGAUUGCCGAAGAAUACAAAAAAGAUUCCAGUUCAGAAAUGAAUGAACUCAAAAAGUUGAAAGUCUUGCAAGGUCUCUCAAAACCAUUUGGUGAUGCUGUUGGUGCACUUGUUUAAAUUACAAAGGUUAGCAGGUCCGAGUUGGAAAAUUUCGUGAAAAAAGGUGAGGCCACCCAGAAGAAAGUCAAUAGUGAUGGUACUCCUGAACAAAAAAUACAGUUUGAAAGUCAAUGGGGAAAUUUCGAGGAGACAACUCAACAAAUUGAAAUGUUCCUUUCCGAUACUAGCAUCUGGGAAAAAUCCAUUGCAAUUAAGAAGAAUUCGAAUCUAUCCGCUUAUGGACAAAUGUUCAAAGAUUUGACAAUUCUCAAUUCCAUCGAUGUGAAACUUGAGCCAAGAUUGGCGGCUACUGAAGGAUUUGAUAACAUCACAACGAAUCAAAGAGUUACACAGAUAGUGGCUGAAUUUCGAGAAUCUCUCAUAAGACUUUCCAAGUUGGAUCUUGAUUUUUCACGCUACAAAUCUGCGUUGGAUAGUAUGCCGGAGGUGUUGAAGUCUGUUUCGGAAAAACUUAUAAAAGAUGUUUCGAGGCUGAAAGCAAAUGAGUGUUUAAAGUCAUUCCAUUCAACUGUCUCCAUCAUCACUUUCAGUACCGAUCACGCCUCCGGCAAGGACUCCAACAGUCUCUCCUGCCAAGUCACCAGCCAAUUCAGUUUACAAAUCUGAAAAACUUAAUAAAGAUGUUUCGAGGCUGAAAAUGCAAAACCGAGCCCGAUAGUUAUGAAAAGCAUUAUGGAUGUUGUGGAGAACAAGAGUAAGACCCAUGAGGUUGAGAAGAAAAGGAGUGAAGUGUUGUAUGUGAACUAUUGAAC